GCCCAAAGGCCCAGGUCCUGUCGCGUUUACAUAGAAUUAACUUGAGCUUAAGUUUUUGCGGUCGAACACUAGUCGGCGCGUCGCCAUGGCACUCUCCGCGCGCCACCUUAUCCGAUGCCCUACGCCGCCGGCGAUUUCUCUCAGAACGGAGCGGGCUCCUCUUGUUUGCUCGAUCCGCUGCGUCGCCUCGAGAUCUCAGGACUCUGGAGAAGGAGGGAAUCGAAGGCGGGUUUGGCGGCGCCGGCGAUUGACGAAGAAUGACGACAAGUUGCAGUAUCAGACGGAUCGUGUCCCCUUUCUCGAAGAACAAGUGAGGAAGAUAAGAGCAAAUGGGAAGAUAAUAUCUAUGGACAUUGAGAAGCUUUUGCUUAGAGAAGACAAUAAGUUCGAUUUUGUGAACGAGGUGGCUGCAGAGGCAACAUCUUACAUUGAGGCGAACAGAGAUGAGUAUGGAUUCAAGAAACCGAUAUUGCAUGCGCUCAGUAACCGCAUGAAGGAAGCAGGAUUCGACCGCCCAGAAGCCUACAUGGAAACCGACCCCUACAAGCCUGACCCCUCGUAUUUGAGAGACUUGGAAAUUUAGUAUGUGGUCGUUGCCGGCGUCCUGUUUGUCGAUGUAGCAUGUAUUGUUUCCAUUUAGAUGCUUGAAUAUUUAGCUCGACUGUUGUUCGAUGUAGGCAUUUCAUAACUCGAUUGUUUUUGCAAGGCUUUGUAGUCAAUAAUUAGUUCAUGUAUGAGUUUUACAGUUCCCUCAAA